UGUGACGUGUGCUUCUUAUCAGGGGGUGAUGAGUUUGCGCUGUUUAUUGUGAUGGAUCUCCCACGUCCUCAGUGGCAAGACCACGUUGCGCAGAAAUGGACCGGACUCGAUUCUGACCUAAAACAGCGAUUCGCUUCGCUGAUGGUCAUAGACGACGUAUUCAAAUGUGCCCUCACCCACACAACCCAUGAGGAUCUGGGCUUCCUGCAGAGCAUCUCCAAGCAGCUCUCUGUACACAAGGACACAGAUGAGGCAACUCAAUGUAGGGGAAGGGGUAACUCCAGCUUCAAGACCAGAGACUAUACUGCAGCUGCCCUUCACUACUCAAAGGGUGUGUGCUUCGCUCCCCAAAGUUCAGAACAGUUGUCUCUGUGCUACGCCAACCGCUCUGCAGCGCUCUUCCAUCUGCAGCGCUACCAGGAUUCCCUCAAUGACAUCGACAGGGCCCUGAAACAUGGCUACCCAUCUCAUCUCCAACACAAACUGCAGGAGCGCCGCCUGCACUGCCUCAAUCACCUCUCGGUGGCUCAAAGAGGAAACCAGGAUGAUCCCAAAUGUGCCUCAGAGGACCAAAGAGAACCACAGAGAGGAGAAAGACUAAAUGUAAAGCCAACCACUGAUCACAUAGAUGAUAACGUCAAUCUCAUUUGUCACAUCUCUCCUCAAGCCGCUGUGUGUUUCAGCCCAGAAAAAGGGCGACACUUGGUGGUUACAGAGAGGAUAGCUGCUGGGGAGGUGAUCCUGACAGACAGGCCAUACAGCUCUGUCCUUAUACCAGGCACAGAGGAACUGAAAGGGAAGGAAAAACGAAACGAGACAGAGAAUGCAGGACUGUUUGGAACAGAGGACAGGUGCUGCCACAGAUGUCUGAGGGAGACGGUGUGCCCUGUGCCGUGUGACGAGUGCAGUUACAGCCGCUACUGUUCAAGUAGGUGUCAGCGAGAGGCCUGGGAAGAACAUCACCGCUGGGAGUGUCCACUUGGGGCAGAGCUGAUGGUGCUGGGGCUGAUGUCACAACUGGCUCUUCGGGUUACUGUAAAGGCGGGGCUAAGAAAUGUGGAAAAGGCUCGAGAGCCAAAUGGAGACAAGAACCAUAAAGGGUCGAAAGAUGACUCGGUGCCAUUUCAUUCAAGAGAAUCGGAACCUUCAGCCUCAUAUCACGGUGACCCAUAUCUUAACGUCUACCACUUAAUGCACCACCUGAAUUCCCACAGCCCGAUUCUGCGCUUCCUUUGGGCAGUUACCACAGCAGCUCUCUACCUGAUUUUAAUCAGAACACGGCCUCCACCUGCAUCUUGGGACCUCAGCAAAUCCAGCACAGCAAACAGCCAGUCACAGGGUCCUGCAGAUGAGACAGGAACUGCAGGUUGGAGCUCAGAGCCAUGGCUGCUAGGAAGUACUAUUCUGAGGCACAUGUUGCAGCUAAGGUGUAACGCCCAGGCUGUGAGUGUCAUCCAGCAUACAGGUGGAACAAACUCAGCUGUGCAGUCCAGCCAAGAAAUCCGCAUUGCCACGGCAUUGUUCCCAACACUGAGUCUUCUGAAUCAUUCCUGCCGUCCAAACACCAGCCUUGUGUUCAGUACUGGAGCCGGUAGUGACCUGGAUCCAUCUGUUGAUCCUGAUGAAGGUGUGGCUGGUUUUGGUGGCGGUGCCACCAGCGGUAUCACCAUCUCAGUGAGAGCAGCCAGAGUUAUCAGCCGUGGUCAAGAAGUCCUGCAUUGCUAUGGUCCUCACAGCAGUAGGAUGAUGCUGAAGGAACGUCAGCGCCUUCUCCAGGAGCAAUACUACUUUGAGUGCACCUGUGAAGCUUGCAACCUGCAGCAGGAGGAUGAAGGGUCAGAGGGCAGUUGUCAGGGGCCAGGACUAGGAGGGGGGCCAAAGGACUCUGGUCUCCAGUGUGGCAAGUGCAAAGGGCCUUUAAAAAGACGCGGUAAGGACAGAGGACCCGGACUUGUAUGUUUGCGGUCAUCUUGCAGGCUGUCCAUGUCGGACUCUGAAGUGAGCCGUAGCUUACAGGAGGUCAGGAACCACCUUGAGAAAGCUGUGGACCUCAUGGAAAGAGACAGGCCAGAUGAGGCCCUGAGGUUGUUGCAAAGGACGAGUCAUGAGGCUGGUCUGAUCCUUACGGAGACCCAUCCUCUACAAGGGGAACUGGCAGAUGCCAUGGCCAGAGCACACGCAACAUUGGGUGACUGGACUAGUGCAGCCUCCCAGAUGGAGCAAAGUGUUGUCGCCACUGGCUCCCAAUACGGGGAGGACAGUAUUGAGUUAAGUCGACAGCUCUUCAAACUUGCUCAACUACACUUCAACAGUGGUGCCAUAGGAUCGGCCUUGUCUGUCAUCCCCAAAGUCAGGCCACUCUUGUGCCUCCACUUUGGCCCCGACUGCCCCGAACUACAGGAACUACAAGCCAUAGAGGACUGCCUACACUCAUAACACACACACACACACACACACACACACACACACACACACACACACACAUAUAUAUCAUAGUUUUUUUAUUGUGCCUAAAGUGUAGUAUUGGGUAUUGUGUACAGUGAAGUAAAAUAAAAUCUAUACAACUAUCAAACUGUCAUAGAGAUUUACACAUACACUGUAGCUUAAUACACUGUAGCUUUAAUAACCAAUGUCAGGCUUGACAAAUUUAAUUUCCUGCUUGAGUGGAAGUCCUGCACUGAAUCUUGACAUUAUCCACCUGCUAUUUUCGAGUAAUUUCGUUAAAUGAAACGUGAACAUUUGUAAUAAUAACCAAAUCAAAUGUCUUUAUUUCGAACAUGCAAAAUAAAAUAAAAAAUGACCAAGCAUAAAACCAGAAGAAUUCAACGAAAGAAUUCUCAACAGAGAAUCCAACAAAUAUUAUAUGUUGGAAAAGGAGCAGGAGGAAGUUACUACUUAUAAUUUCCUGCCCCCUCUCUAAUGCUCAGUUGAUGAACCUAAAUAAUAAACAUAGUUUUUCAC